AUGGCUACUAUUAUUUUUAUUUCAUACACCUUAAUCGUGGCAUCCUGGUUGUACUUGUAUUCUUACAUUGGCGAGCAACUUGCUCACGAGUCGCAGAAAGUUGGUGAAGCAUUUUACCACACCGUCUGGACUGACUUGAAAAACCAGGAUAAAAGAUCUUUGGUAAUGUGUUUAAUAAACGGACAAAGACCUCAAUAUUUAAUGGCUGGGAAGUUUUACAGAUUCACGCUUUUCGGUUUCUGCGACAGUAGCGACUACAACCGAAUUGGGGACUCUCUCGCGUACUGUCGACGAAUAUUUGCGAUAGGCGGCGUGAUGCCGCCGCAAGAUAGUCCGAAACUGUUCAAGCUGAUCGUAUUAUAUUUCCUUUUCCUGAUACUGAUGCAAGCUUGGGAUACGUACGAUGUUUUGCACAAUUUUGAGACGUUGGUGGUUAGCGCGACGGAAUGGCCUGUCUCGGUUUCGGUGACGUUGAUUCUUGUCCUUAUUCGCACGAACAAGAGAUUGCCAGCGGUGAUCGAGAAAAUCCAAAAUGAUAUAAACGGCGCGAUAUCGUUCGAGAACGACGAGGAGAAACGACGUUAUCGAAAGUACAACAACAUAUCCGUUUAUUUCGGCAAAUAUGUGUCGGUGUUCGCAUUCGUCGUCGCUUACAUGAUGUUCGCGCGUCCGUUGAUAGACCUGAUGGUUAAUUCUGGUACAGAGAAUGAACAAUUGUAUCGUCCGAGUAACAACGUUGUUAUAGAUGAAGUCAACAGCACACAGCCCUUCGUGCUACCAUUCCGGGCUCAUGUGUUUUUCGACUACCGCUAUAACGCUAAAAUAUACACUAUGAUAUACAUCUUCCAACUUCCCGCUGCGUAUGUGGGUGUGUACCAUGCAGCCGAAGCUAGUCUGAUCGUCACCUCGACCCUACACGUUUGCGGAAAAUUGUCGGUGCUGGCCUGCCGAAUACGAAUGUCUCUAACGCAAUCUUCGGGGCAUUUUCAGCAAAGGAUGAAAACUAUAGUGAUCGAGCAUCUGGAGUUGUUGGAGUUUUCAAAUAUUCUAAACGACUGUUUCCACCAUAUCCUUCUGAUAGAAUAUCUGAACUGUAGUUUCCGAUUGGGCGUUUCUAUGUACGUGGUGAUAAUCAUGCUUGCAAAAGAUACGGUGGCUGCUGUUAAUUUUAUUUUAUAUUCUAUCAUUGUGGCGGCCUGGUUGUAUUUGUACUCCUAUAUUGGCGAGCAACUUGUUCACGAGUCGCAGCAAGUGGGUGAAGCGUUCUACGUCACCGAUUGGACGAACAUCGCGAACAGGGACAGAAGAUCUUUGACAAUCUGUUUAAUAAACGGACAAAAAGCUGAGUACUUAACGGCUGGGAAAUUCUAUAGAUUUACGCUUUUUGGCUUCAGCAAUAUUGUAAAAUCUUCCAUGGCGUUUCUCUCCGUGCUGCGAACAACAGUCUAA